AGAGCUGGGACAGGAAAACAGAGAGAGAGAGAGAGAGAGAGAGAGAGAGAGAGAGCAAAAAUGAAUAACAUAACGGCAAGCGAGCUGGCGGGUUUUGGAGUUGGGGCUCUGCUCCUCUGUGCCACCAUUGCUGCCCCAAAGGUCGACGCUUUCAUCUCUGCCUCUCAGCGCAGUUCUUUGGGAAUGUGCAAGAGAUGUGGCAAUCUGAGGAUGAUAGCAUGCUCAAGAUGCAAAGGAGUUGGAUUAAUCAAAGAAGGUGGUGUGUUUGGUUUAAAUCUCAUUGAUGACUUCUAUGAAUCGGUUGGGGGUAGUGAUUCGAAAGUAAGAUCCAUUUCUUGCACCAACUGUAACGCUAGAGGUCAUUUUAGCUGCCCUGAUUGCUCUAAAACAUCUGUUUGAGUUUGUUUAAGUCAUCUAAAUUAAAAUUUUCUUACGCUA